AUGGAUUUUAACGAUUUGAUAUUUCCUAGUCCAAGAGCAAGUUAUAAUGAGAGUUUAGGUGGUUUAUAUUAUAUAGAUGAAUAAAUAUGCGGUUAAUAAACAAAAAUGAGUAAUGAACUAAAAACAUAAAAUGGUACUAUAAAAGUGAAGAUUGUUGAGGAAUAGAAACAUCAUAAAGUGAUAAAGAGAAGAAGGAUUGUUACUUUAUUAUAAUAAGAAUAGAAAUUAAAUAAAGGAUUGAUAGUAUAUUUUCAUGCAAAUGCAGAAGAUCUUGGAAUGUGUAAGUCUUUAGCAUUUCUAUUAGGAACAGAUUUGGAUGUAUUAAUUUGAUGUUUGUAAUUAGAUGGCUUCACUUUCGAUAGAAUAUCCAGGUUAUGGAAUAUAUAAAGGGAAUUGUAGUAGUGAUACAAUUAUAAAAGAUGCUUAUUAAGUGAUGGAACAUAUUCUAAAAGUAUUAAAGGUUAAAGAAGAAAAGAUAAUUAUAAUUGGUAGAUCUAUUGGAUGUAGUGUAGCUAUAGAAAUGAGUAUUAGAUAUAGAAAAAUUAAAUCUCUUAUUUUAUUAAGUGCAUUUACAUCUAUAUGUGAUGUAAUAUAAGAUAAUAGUUUUAUUUGGGUAUCCAAAUUAGUAAAGGAAAGAUUUAGAAAUUUAGAAAAGAUGCAUAAAGUAGUUUGUCCAACAUUAUUUAUACAUGGAAAAGAUGAUAGUUUGGUUAAUUAUAAACAUUCUAUUGAAUUAAUGAAAGAAUGUUAAGGAUAUGUAUAAUUACAAUUAUUGGAUGGAAUGAAUCAUAAUUAGUUCUCUGUCUAAACACAUAUCAUUUAACCAAUUUAAUAAUUUUUGAUGAAAAUAAAAUGA